AUGUGUCGACCAGUUCUCUUCAAAUCACCUACCUGUCUCCACCGGUGGUUCACCAUCGGCUACUCUUGCGAAAAGGGAAACGGUUUUAACAACUGUUCGAAGUUGAAUGGCAACCACAUCCUCCCGUUUAGCGUAGGGUGCGUCCUCACCUCCUGGCCCAAGUCGUGCCCCGUGUGCAAUCUAGGGGGGGACUAUGACCGAAACAUGAUCCGAAUGGUCCAGUCCCCAGCUUAUUACGGUGUCAGGCACCGAGUCGGCAAAAAAUUUAUUAUCGAUCAGCAGAUUCCGAUGUGCACGAUGAUGUAG